AUGCAGUUUGGAAGGAAGAUUGCAGCUUCAAAUUGCGUUAUAGAUUUGGUCGACAAAGUGCCGAGCGGUUGCCAGAUCACGAUCGUGUCGGAUUCAUGCCACAGCGGAGGGCUGAUUGAUGAAUCAAAGGAGCAGAUCGGAGAGAGUCAUAGGAAGAGUGGGGAUGAUGAUGAUGAUGAAGAUGAAGAUGAGAAGGAAUCUGGAGGUUUCAGAAACUACCUGCGCAGGAAAGUUGGACUUGGCCAAAGCAAAGACAACGAGGAAGAGGAAGAAGUAGAAGGUGUGAAGAACAAAUCUCUGCCGAUCUCAACGCUGAUCGAGUUGCUGAAGCAGAAAACUGGCAAGAAAGAUAUCGAUGUGGGGAAGUUGCGACCGACGCUCUUCGACGUGUUCGGGGAAGAUGCAAGCCCCAAGGUGAAGAAGUUCAUGAAUUUCGUAUUUGGAAAAAUCAAAGGUGGCAAUGGUGAAGAAGUCCAGCGGGUUGUCGAACUUCACCUUCUCCGCCAGCCUGUUGUUCCCGAUCAGCACCACCGCCGCCACGAACCCGCACACCCACCGCCGCCCACGGCUCCACCACCGAGCACCCCACAUUUUUAUUAUAAAUUAUGA